AUGACGAGCGGCCACCUUGAACCUGAGGUAGGGCCUGAGGUGAAGCCUGUCUUUGAGACUACUGGACUUCACGCGCGUCAUUCCCGCCUACUCCCCUACCGACUCCAGCCGUCAUCCCCUCGCAAGGCCGAACAAGUCGCCAAGGAACAAGACCGCUGGGUGAGCUGGGACUGGGACCAGGACCUUUGUAAAUGGGACCUUGAUUGGGUUCCCUACAGCGGGCCGACUGUUGCGCAUGCCAGACAGCUCGUUGAUUUCUAUCUAGACGAGGGUCUGAUUUCUGGCUUGCCACGGAACUACAAACUGACACUACUUGGAGCCGGUGUCUAUAACAAUAACUUCAAGCUUGACUUCUCGACCACCACAUCUGACACGACAUUCGAGACCACAUUUGAGGAAACUGAUAGUGCUGGCAAGGAUGAGUGUCUGGCCAGAGGCACACCCAAGCAAGGAGACCAUGGGCUGCCCAACUGCCUGAUCCUCAAGCUCAGCAUGCCUAUGGACCCGUACUUCAAGGUUGAGAGCGAGGUAGCCACAACCCUCUUUGUACGCGACAUUGUUGGCAUCCCAGCCCCGGCCAUCAUCUGGUUUGAUUCGAGCGGUGCAAACCCUCUCGGCCUCGAAGCCAUUUUUAUGGAAUAUAUGCUGGGCACGACUGUCCAGGAGUGGCAGGACACCGAGUUGCGGAUGGAAGACAGGCUUAUUCAAAAGGAGUAUGCGGCCUUCAUGGUUCCAACCCUCCGCCAAGUUCAGAGCUACGUCGAGAAGUUGCAAGGCAUCUCGUUUGACCGCAUCGGGAGCCUCUACUACGAUUGGGAAGGAGACGGCGGCUACCUUAUCGGGCCGAUUGCCAACCUGCACUUCUCUGCUGGGCCGUACCGCCGUUCCAAGCUGGACCGGGGCCCAUUUGCAGGCCCGCUUGCCUAUCUGCAUGGUCUAAUUGAUGCGUGGGUACCGGAUAUCAUCCCGGCCAUGGUCCAAGGCGGCAAUCCAUGCCAAGAACUGAUGCCAGACAUGGACUUAUCCCCCAAGUCGAAGUCGGAGUUUGACUCGGAGCCCAGCAGCAGCAGCAGCAGCAGCAGUGGUGAGGUGUGUAUUACGCCGCCGGACUCGGAGGAUUGCGAUGGCAUGAUGAAGAUGAUCAACGUUGCCGAAGUGAACCGUUCGUUGCCAACUCCGUCACUACCUUCAGCCCCAAGUCUACCCAUUCUUCUAGCACCUCCAACUCCCAUCAAGGACGGCACUCCCAGUCCCAUACAGCCAGUCCUCCUCCCUUCAAACAUGCAACAACGCAUCGACCUGGCCCGAGACUUGGUCGUCCUACUUGCCCAGCGGUGUCCUCAGAUUUUUCAGGUCCCUCCUCCCAACAGCAAUGGUGCCAAUACCGGUGUUGCCCAUGCUACUGCUACCGAUGCCACCGACAGGGCCGGGUAUUUCAGGCCCCACGUCUACCACACCGACCUGCACGCCGACAACAUAAUGGUCCACCCGACCACAGGAGCCGUCACCGCCCUCCUGGACUGGGAACACACCAAGGUCUGCCCGGGGUAUUGCCGGUCGCCCCUCCCUCUCGUCAUGUACCACCAGGUGGGGCCGCGCUUGGUAGCCUCCAUGUCAGUCGGCGAGCGAGCCUGGCUGCCAUACGGGCUAAGCGAGACCAAGACCUUGUCCCUGGCUGGCUUUCUGGCGGAGAUGCAGGCGGGGACGCCUGCUUCCUCUUUUGCCUGGCACGGCGCGGCGGCGGCAGCGGCGGCAGCGGAGGCGGCAGCGGAGGCGGCGGCGGAGGCAGCACCAGCGAUAGUCGGGGACGACGGCUACUGGAUUCCGCGCGAGUUUGUGCCGCUAGACGAGGCGGUGAGCAUUCAGUCUGCGGUGCUUGGGGAUGUUGUGGGGCUGCUUCACACUGUGGCUGUGUGGGAUGGACGUUGCGAAGGUGCCGUAAGGGAGGCGGUUCAGAUGCUGCAGCGGUGGUAA